UCUUGUCUGUCGACGUGUUGUUAGUGUCUUCUUUGCUCCGCGAUGUAUUCUUCACUCUGUGUGGCGUGACAGCGCCAUAGCUUGUCGGACAAAGCAACAGUAACUAAGGGGGGCGGGUCUUUGCGAAGGGUCAAUUUUGAGUGCAACAGGACUUGUUAUAUCAGGGAUUGAUUGUAUGGUGAAAUGUGGAUUUAACACUAAUUGGAGCCAAAUGUUUGGAGAGAAGGGGUUUAAAAACUAAUCACCUGUGCAUAUAUUAGUACCUUAAAGGCACAUAUUAUUACUUGAAGUGUACAUAUUAGCAGUGUUGGGGGUAACUCAUUACAUGUAAUGCAAGUUAAGUAAUCGGAUUACUUUUUUCAAGUAACUAGUAACACAUUACUUUUAAAUUUACAACAAAAUAUCUGUAACAAUAAAAUCAGAUAUUUUGUGACAAAAAAUUUCAAAUAAUUGACAAGUAACUUUGUUUUCCCAUUUAUUGACUGACAGCUCUCCUGUCCUCGGGUUGAGGGAAGGUGCAGAUGUAUUGUGUGCGCUGUGAAAACAUGAUGGUAUUUACUCUUCACAAAAACAGAUUCAGUAUUCCUCAAAAUGAAUAAAAACUGCGAAAUGCAAACUCAGAAUAUCAUGCAAACUUACAAUACUUAUGUUACUUAUGUUAAAUUACACAAAUAUACUUUAUGUAUUUAAUCUCACUUUAUUAACCAAUGUCUUUGCUGUUGACUUUCAAUGAUCCAAUUCAACCAUACUAAUAAGCAAAAAUGACUUUAGGUGAACAUCACAGUUGUGUUUAUUUAUUUAUUUAUUUUUCAUUUUUUGUUGCUAAUGUAAGAGUUUCAAACGUUCUUCUCCUGUAUCCUAUUCUUCUUUCAUCCAGAAUGGUAGCACAGCUGAAAGGUUUGUUUGAGCAGCGCCCUCUACUGUACAGGCCUGAGUUUGUAUUUCCUUCAGCCUGAGGCUUAUUCAUUUCACUUUUGGCGUGAAAGGUCCUUUACAUUCACCAAAAAUAGAACUUUUUUGUUAUUAAAAACAAAAAAGCAAGCCCAAGUAACUAAGAAAUGCAAUUAGUUAAUUUUUUUAGGGAGAAACGAUAUAUUGCAAUGCAUUACUUUUAAAAGUAACUUUCCUCAACAUUGCAUAUUAGUACCUUUUGGGUGACACUGUGUCAGUGACAGCUGUUGAGACAUUUUUGAUUACUGUAGACAAAGCAUCUAAAUAUAGCAUCUAAUUAUGAAAAGCAACUUCUUAAAAUAAAAAAAAUUAAAUAAUAAUAAAAAACAGCAAGCAGUAGUUAAUGUAAAAUUCCUCUACAUUAACUCAAAGUAUACAAUAAAAGAAUGCCUUGGCUAGUGUUUUUGUUAAUUAUUUAAUUAUUUGUUUUUUUUUUAUCUGAAUAGUCUUGUACAAAACUGACGAGCAAUCUUUCAUCUGUUGUUUAAUCUGGGGCCAUGACACUUCACUUUUUCUUUGAGCCAGACAGAUGUGCCAGGGCCUACACCUUAUAACUGUCCCCAAACUUACACACACACAGUUUGCAACCAUAUGAAACACGACUCCCUGCACUGUUGCUUGACGCAGACAUUUGGAUUCCCACCCCAUUCCACAGUGGAAUAUAGGGCUCUAUUUAUAGAGCUGGUGGAGCCCGUGGCCCUGAGCUCGGCAGAACACACUCAUUAAAACCGCUUUCCCUAGUACACUUCAACUCGAAGCCCAGCACAUGCCAGUGUGUGUGAGAGUGGAAACAGUGCUAGAGAGAGUAAGACUUCUAAAGGUAAUCAGUGUUAAAAAAGUUUUAAGAAACCGGGAACCUACGGAUACCAUCUCAUGUGGGAUAUUUAUGGGACCUUGCUCAUCUUCUGUAUUAUGAAGAGACACUUCAGCUAUAGCAGGUGACAUUCAACUCACAAGGAACUUUCUACGUAGAUCCAGUGGUCAGGAUCAACUGAUAAAUACCAAGAGAAAGACCUGCGAGCAGAAGGUGACUAUGUAAAGACUCCAGCUUUAAGCUAGUAGGGGGCCAUUGUUUGGAAUUUGAAACUUGAAGUAAAUAUCAGCAAUGAUUUGAAUUUAAAAGACAAUUCUCUUGUGGUCAAACUGUUGCUUGCAUGUCAGUUUCUUGGAAAUCUAAAAGUACUUAUAGCAAAGUGACUGUCCACUCACAGACAGAGAGAACAUCCAGAGUUUCUGCUGUAAUCUGAUCCUACACACUCUGCAGUAAUUAUAAAGCAGAGUUGGGAAGCAGUAAAGGAGAUUUGUCAUUAAGGCUGCCUAAAUAAAGAGGCAGGCAAAAGGGCGAGGUUUGUGGAUUCGGCCGCGGAGGUGCAGCGUCACUCAUCAAGAUCCACCCGAGAACGGCUCAUGGACCCCCAAGGAGGCCACUACCUAAACAAGGCAGCGGUGCUGUCUGGACUCGGCGCUGCCCGCAUGUGCCAGCUGCUGCUGGGAUGCACCACCAUGGCCCUGGUGGCCCACAGUGCGGGAUUCAGCGCCACCUAUGGCACCUUCUGCAUGUUCGUCUGGUGCUUCUGCUUUGCCGUCACACUGCUGGUCUUCACCCUGGACGUGACGAGGCUACACGGGUGCAUGCCCAUCUCCUGGGACAACUUCACCGUGGCCUUCGCCAUGCUGGCCACUCUCAUGUACGUCACGGCCUCGAUAGUGUACCCCGUCUACUUCCUCCGGUCCGAGUGCCCGUCGGAGGGCUGCGAGGUGCGGAACUACCGUAUCGCCGUCACCACCUGCUCCAGCGUCUGCUGCUUCGCCUACGGAGCCGAGGUGUUCAUCACGCGGGCCAAGCCGGGGCAUGUGGUCGGCUAUAUGGCCACCGUGUCAGGCCUGCUCAAAGUGGUCCAAGCCUUCAUAGCCUGCAUCAUCUUCGGCGCUCUGGCCAAUGACAGUGAAUAUAACCGCCACAUCCCUACUCAAUACUGCGUGGUGGUCUACAGCCUUUGCUUUGCUGUGACCGUAGUCGUGGUGGCUCUUACCGUCUCGGGGAGAACAUCUUCGCUGCGCUUCCCUUUCGACCGCUUUGUGGUCAUCUACACCUUCCUGGCGGUGCUGCUGUAUCUGAGUGCUGCUGUGGUCUGGCCAGUUUUUAGUUUCGAUAAGAAGUAUGGAACCCCAGGGCGACCAGGAGACUGCCCUAGAGGAAAGUGUCCGUGGGACAGCAAGUUGGUGAUCGCCGUGUUCACUUGUGCCAACCUGGUGCUGUACUUCACCGAUCUGGUGUACUCUCAAAGAAUACGAUUUGUCUCGCAUUCAGCAGCAUAAGGCCAUCUCAUCUCUAGCCUGGUGGAUUUAUAAAUACUGGAAAUGAGGCAGGAAAAGUGUUGUGAAAUACAGACAUGCCAAUAAAAUACAGCUGUAUGUACUAGUAUAUUAAAGUAUAAUUUCUGAUUUUUUUUAAUUUUUGUUGGUUAUAAUGAAAAUGUUUUGUUGGUUAUAAUGAAAAUGUCUACAUAAUUGCUGGGCUUGAAUUUUUCAUUGUGUUAAUGAAGAGUUACUUUGCUUAGUAGAAUAAAAUCAAAGUAAUUUUAGAUUCGGUGCAUACCAAUGUAGAAUUAACUUCUGUGGCAAUGCCUCUCUGCAAUUCCUUGUCACUGUAACCCUUAAAGGAUUAGUUCACUUUCAAAUGAAAAUUACCCCAAGCUUUACUCACCCUCAAGCCAUCCUAGGUGUAUUUGACUUUCUUCUUUCUGAUGAACAUAAUCGGGGCUAUAUUAAUAAUGCUUCCAAGCUUUAUAAUGGCUGUGAAUGGGAUUGACAAAUCUCAAGAAAGUGCAUCGGCUGCAUCCAUCCAUCAUAAACGUACUCCAUGCAGCUCCAGGGGGUUGAUAAAUGCCUUCUAAAGCGAAGCGUUGCGUUUGUGUAAGAAAAAGUAAAAGUAAAGUAAAAUAUCUAGCUUCCACCAGACUGCCUUCCAUAUUCAACUUACGAAAAAAGGAAGUUUUUUUUUUUUGUAAGUUGAAUACGGAAGGCGUUGGACAUAGCGUAAGUGUUUUGAACUGCGAGAAGCUUUACACUUUCUUCAUAAGUUGAAUAUGGAAGGAGGUCUGAUAUGUAAUGUAAAUAUGGAUAUUUUUCUUACACAAACGCAUCGCUUCGCUUCAGAAGGCCUUUAUUAACCCCCCGGAGCCGUGUGGAAUAUGUUUAUGAUGGAUGGAUGCACUUUCUUGAGGUUCAAACUCAUUGGUCCCGUUCACUGCCAUUAUAAAGCUCAGGUUCGUCAGGAUAUUUAUUAAUAUUUCUCAGAUUGUGUUCAUCAGAAAGAAGAAAGUCAAAUACACCUAGGAUGGCUUGGAGUAAUUUUCAUUUUAAAGUGAAUUAAUCAUUUAAAGCAAGGGUGUCCAAUCCUGCUCCUGAAGGACCAACAUCCUGCAGAGUUUAGCUCCAGUCAGCUCCAACACACUUGCCUGGAUGUUUCUAGUAAUCCUGAAGACUUUGAUUAGCUGCUUUAGGUGUGUUUAAUUAAGGGUUGGCGCUAAACUCUGCAGGACAGUGGCCCUCCAGCACAUGUCGUUCUAAGGCAGUAUGACUUUUUUUCUUCUUCUGUGGAACAUAAAAGUAACCAAAAUGUCUUCAUUUAUGUUCCACAGAAAGUUAAACGGUUUUGGAACAGCAUGGGGCUGAGUAUAUGAUGACAGAAUAUUCUUCUUUUUUUUUUUUUUUGCCUGAUAUAUCUCUCUCUCUUUUUUUUUUUUUUUAUGUCUACUAAACACUAAGAUUAGAACUGUUAUUAUAUGGCUUACUAUAAGUAAAAUUAAUGUGUAUUUUCCCCUAAUUUAGGUAUACAUAAUGUUAUUAUAAUUAUAUGCAUGGUUAUUUGAUUACUAGUAUGGCAAUAUCCAAUCAUGAGAGAUCUGAGACCUCUGAUUAGAAGAAGAGAAUAUAUCACUUGUUUAUGUAUUGUCCACAGAAAUAAAUACCAUGCAGUGUUUUAAUGAAUGGCCUUAAUUGUCAUGGUGCUCAGAUAGCAUCUCUGUUUAUCCAGUCAUACUACUCAGGCUCUAAUAUUAGUUCAGUAUGGAUUUUUUUCUAGUAGGCUAUGUGACAAUAUAUUGUUACUUAUUCUCAAAAUAUUUAAAUAAAUCAAAAUAUGUUGGUAAUUGAACUGGAUUCUUUUGUGUCAAAGUUUCUUUCUCUUCCUUGCCACCACCUCCAAAUACAAGCACACAAAAAUGACCAGAAAUACAAAUUAAGACAAUGUUGUGUAUAAAUAUGUGUGAGUGUGUGGUUAUAACCUACACUAUUAUGAAAAUUUAAAUGUAUUAUGUCCCAAGAAGUUAACUAAAUCUGAAGAAGCAAAAAGGUUUAUAAAUGGACAGAAUAACUUUAAUAGGUUUUUUUGUUUUUGUUUCUUGAGUUGGGGGUUUGGGUUAGUCUUGUCAAAUACAUAUCAAUAAAAUGGAAACAUCAAAAAUAAGGAAGCUGGAUAGGACAGGCGAUGUUAAAAUGCGGAUACAACACUACGAAUUCGGAUACAGUUUUGCUGUCUUUCUGUUGACACAAGCCCACGUGCUCAUGAAGAGCGAUGCAACUGGCUUCACCGUCAGCAGAGCUGGCCUAUCAGGACGCAUGGUGCACACAUAAAGUACAGGGAUUGGCUGAGGCCCAAGCAGCGCUCUACCGUGAUUGGUCUCAGCCUGCUACUCCGCGUCAGGAAUGGCAGUUUAACUAAACGUCCACAGACAACGUGAACACGAUAAACAAACGUGAAACAAACAAUAUAUGUGAACGACCUCUUCGAAAGAUCGUGUUUUAGGUCAAAAUGAGCGUUGGUUUCAUCGGAGCGGGUCAACUGGCGCACGCGCUGGUGAAGGGCUUCACAGCCGCAGGUGUGAUCGCCACGCACCGGAUAACAGCGAGCUCUCCAGACAAAGACCUGCCAACUGUCACCGGGCUAAGA